AUGUUACCAGUUGAUACGGUCUUACCUUCAUGGUGGCAAAAUUUAUGUUACAUUGCCACGGUAUUGGCUAUUCUUAUAUCUGCCAAUUCAAUAUGUAGACAGUUCCUUAAUUACAGAAGACCCUCCGAACAACGAUUAAAUAUCAGAAUACAACUGCUAGUACCGAUAUUUUCGUUAACAUGUCUAAUAGCAACACUCCGUCCAAUUCUUGCUCAACUUCUCCUGGAUCCGAUCAGAGAAAUAUAUGAAGCAUUUGUCAUUUACACAUUUUUUUCAUUACUCAUACUGAUUUUAGGUGGCGAAAGAAGGAUUAUCACAGAAAUAUGUAUAAAUGAUAAUCAUCCCCCAAUAAGGCAUCCAAUUCCGAUAUUAGGGCACUUUUUUCCUACGAUUGAUUUAUCGGAUCCAUCUGACUUUCUGCUGGUAAAAAGAGGAAUAUUACAAUAUGUCUGGUUCAAGCCACUUUAUUGCAUAUGCGUAAUACUAAGUGAAGCGUUAUCAAUGAAAAAAUCACAAUUUGGUUUAUUAAUAAUUUAUAAUGUAUCAGUUACUUUGUCCCUGUAUAGUUUGGCAUUAUUUUGGAGGUGCCUCUACCAAGAAUUAAAACCUCAUAAUCCAUGGAGUAAAUUUUUAUGUGUGAAGCUGAUAAUUUUCGCAUCCUAUUGGCAAAAUAUGAUCAUUCAAACCAUUGCUAUAUUAGGUAAAUUAGAAAACGAUUCCAUUGCUCCUUAUCUAUACCAAAAUGGAUUAUUAUGUAUAGAAAUGGUUGGAUUCGCAAUUUUCCAUUCUGUUGCAUUUCCAUGGCAAGUAUAUUCCUCUAAAACAUUACCGAUGGCGGCAAGAAUGAAUACUUUGUACGCCUUACGAGACUGCUUCGGUGGGGGUGAUCUGAAAUGGGAUUUUAAACAAACCUUGUUGGCUGGUCCAACUUAUUAUAAUUUUAAAAAUUUUGAUUCAACCGCAGAGAGUAGGUUAGUUGCAAGAACCAAUAUGACAUCUAGAAUGCAUAGAAUAAAUGAAGGUGUUAGGUUUACUAAUAAUGGCGAAGACCGAUAUUGGAUGCAUUACGGUGCUAUUGGUGUACCCGCUAAUUCAAAUUGCAAUAAUAGCAACGUUGAUAGACAAGUUGCCCACCAAAAUGAAAGCGUAAAUACAAACAUCGGUUCUACCAUUUUUAAUGAAGAAAUCGAUGAUUGGGAUGAUACAGUUGCAGGACAAGGGUAUAUCACAGAUGAUCCGAACUAUCCAGUUACAUGGGAUCCCAAUGGGUACAAAUAUGGGAACAAUAUAAGUAGAAUACGUGCUGACAUACGGCAUUGUAGUGCAAACGUUUAA